GGCGGGUACUGCAUAGCCGACAGCGGGUUGGGUCGGCGGGCUGGCGAUGAUGUUCUUCCAAGGCUGGGACAUGUUGCAGCGUGCUGUCGCCGUCCUCGACGGGCAUUGCUCCGCGAGAUACACCGGCCAGUGGUUGCAAUUUGCCAAGGAGAUGUCUUUCUAGAUAGUGCCUGGGAUCUGCUAAGUCGGGGCAGACAAUGACUGGCGACUCGUAGGGAAGCAGCACGAUGCCUCUGACAUGGCAGGCGUGCCCUUGCCUGGAAUGCACCGACGUUUUGCGAUGCAUGUUCCACAACCACGCAUUUGCCUGGUCCCGCUUCAAUCCGUCUUCCACCUUGUACACCAUGGCAUUUGCUUGCAUAUUGUUUCCAUGGGACACCCUGGUGAGGUCUCGUUCACGGACACAUCUUGUUGCUGGUCGCCCAGCCGUACAUCAAUCAGCCGGGCAGUCCGCUUACCGCCACGAGCACGAUGCAACUCGCACCCAUCUGCGACCAUCCCCACACGUGCCAGCUCGAUCUGCUCUCUGAAUCGCCAACAAGCGAGCAGCAAGAUGGAGAUGAAGUCCUGCCUCGACGACGUACAUACGUACUUAGCGGCGUCAACCUCACGAACCCCACAGCCUCAACACUAGAGUUAGCGCGCGCAGGCGCUGCUGCAUCGGUUUGUAGGACAAGACCGACGCCAGUGCUUGGUUGGGCGGUUCGCGAUCGACUCCGCCAGGCAAAUGCCAGUUUCCCGCUCACUCAGCACCAAGCAAGUCCCGGGGUGGAUCCUCCGCGCACAAAGCAGGACGACGUACGCGCAACCCAUACCUAUGGUAGGUAUCGCAAUGGAGGGAGACUUGGGGCUGAGGGUGGUCCUGCCACGCACUGCCACCACCCACACCCUGCCGCCCGUUCUCGUCCAGGCAUCUUGGCUGCAGCAGCAUUGGUUGGCUGCCACUCCUCGGCGGCCAGAGCGGCGCGUUACAGUUUCGGGGCUUGCAUCGUGGGACCGCAAGUCAGCCCUUGCGCAGUGAGCUGAUCUGAGACGGCUGCCGGUCGCAAGUCUCGACAGCGCGGCUGCUCUAACGAACGAGGUCCAGCUCGCACUCAAGGGUGUUGGUUGUCGGUUGGUCUGGCGGCCUACCAAUCCUCGUCGAGGCCGUGAAGACAAUCUGCGGCCCUCUCAACUCUACAGGGCGGCCCAACAAAC